AUGAGUUACUGGUCUAGAAAUGAAGGUUAUGAAGAUCUAAAAAGUGAUUACACAGAAAAUGUUCAAAUAAGUCUUAAUGCAAAAGAUUAUUAUAAUCUAAAUUAUUCAAAUCAAUCUCUGUCAGAACUUGGUAUUGUUAAUGGUGAUAUAAUCUAUAUUAGUUCAUUGGAAAAAUUAGAUGAUAUAAAACAAUCCUUAGAAAUUGAAUUAGCUACACCUAUUCUGAAAUUCAUCAAUGAUAAUCUACCUAAUGAUCAACAUUAUACAUCUAUUCUAUUAAUGGCUAUUCCUUUGUAUAUAUUCGCUAUUGAGAAAGGUUUAUAUACUUUAGAUCAUCUAAGUCAAUACUAUCAGGAGAUGUCAUCAAUUAUACGUUUAACAUUUAAUUAUCCUCAAGUUGAUUCUAUUAAAUUGAUAUUUACAUUAUUUCAAAAUGGAAAUAUGACUUGUAUUGCUGCAAGUGUUCAAGAUCUUCCUAUUCGAAAACAAUUAAUUUUACAAACAAAACUUUAUCUUAUCAAGCAAGAUGCCAUACACCAAUCUACUACGAAUAAAUUAAAUCUUCUAUACAGACAUUUACGAUUGUUAUCUAUACGAAUUAAAGAUGAAUUAAUUGAACCUAUACUAUUGGCUAUUCAUUCAGAAUAUAAUUUAUCUCCAAGACUUCAUUUGUGUACUCUUCCAAGUGAAUUAUUUUGUGAAAUAUUGUGUUAUUUACCAUUAACAUCACUUGGUUUCUUAAUGUUAUGUAAUCGUGAAUUAUCUUAUCGUAUACGUAAUUGUAAUACAGUUUGGCGUAUUCAUUUAGCUAAGUUGAAUGCUAAAAACAGACCGAUUUCAGAUGGUGUACUUAGUCGACAACAGUCAUCAUCAUCAUCAUCAUUAUUACAACAAGUCGACCAAAAACACACUACUUUGUAUAAAAGUCAACAAAAGAAUAUUGGUGACGAUGUUGAUAAUGAGAUGGACCAAACUGAACAAGAUGAAGCUUAUAAACAAUUUUCAGCUCGUUAUAAAAGGUUGUUCAUUCAAAAAAGGUUACGAAAAAGUACAUUCAGCAUCAUCAUGAUGUUGUCUGGCAAUAUGCACUGAAAAGAACGAACCUUAUUCAAAUGUCGAUUCCCGAACUGCUAACAUAUAACUUGCAAUCACUCAAUAUUUAUCGUCAGGAUCGUUCAAGAAAUAAGAAAAGGAAACUUGUUGAAAUAUUUUGCACUGAAAAUUCCAUGUUGUAUCAAAACUAUAAUAUUGAAUAAAGCUAAUAAUAAUAUAGUUGUUAUAUGAAUUGAAAGUUUGUAGAGAUUCGUUCAAUUUGAAGAUAAUU